AUUGGUAGGCAAUUUACUAGUGAUAGCGAAAUCUCAUACGGUUCUGCGCUUUCCAACAGGGUGCCACGACCCGUUCAAGCAUCUAGUGCUGAUGAUCGCCUUGAUGGGGCCACCGCCGAGCGAAUUUGUCAAACGCAGUGAGACAACGGAGCAGUGUUUUAAGCCUAGCGGUGCAUGGAUUGCACAUGAAGAUGCAGCCUUACCAUCAGUUUCUCUGGAGAGUCUGGGGAAGCGACUUUCUGGACAAGAGAAAGGACUGUAUCUCCAGUUCAUGAGGUCAAUGCUCAAAUGGCUGCCAGAGGAACGCUAG